GCCAAACGUACCUCAUAAGACUCUUCCACUCCUUGCCGCUACAUAUUCUACUUCUCUCAGUUCGUUUUGCACUCUCUUCUUUUUUCACACUAUCCUUGCACUCCAUUUCCGAUUUCACACUCGUUCAGAAACUCCAUGUCUCAACCACACAUUGAUCACAUCAUCAGCGUGAAACGCGAAUUGAAUAUUAGUAUGAGAGAUGGUAAUAACAACAAUGACGAUGAAAACAGCCACGGCGACGACGUUGAUUAUCAAACUCCUAACGGCCGUCGAGAUCUCCGUUCUCGCUACCUCGCCGUCAAGAACAUGAUUCACGGUGAUGAACAAGAAAAUAUUGCAAAGACUGACUCUGAAGUAUUUGGUUCGAUCUUCAAUGAAAUUGAGAACUUACACCAAUCAGUCACAAAAACAAGAGAACAAGUAGCUGAUGCACAGGCACUUUUGGACAUAACCAAAUCCUUGGUAGUGUCUGCAAAAGGUCAUUCUAGUAAUGGACUCACUCCUUCAGCCUUUGUUACCCACAUUAUUGAAAAAUUUGGAAAACGAGGUGGAACAAGUACUAGCAGAGAAGAUUGCAACUCAAUAGCUUGGAAGGAGAUUGGAGUUGCAGUUUCAAGUGUUUUUGGAGGGGGAUAUGGGUGUUCUACAAUGAUUGGCCCAAUGGAUACUAAAAUAAAACAGAAGAGGGUUUGUAGAAAAAAGCGUUUGAAGCCAACUGAAUUGGCACGGCCGGAACAGCUUGUUGAAGGUUCAAGAGAAGAGAGAAAUGAUACGGAUAAAACCAUGUUAACUAUGUUUAACAUCUUAAGGAAGAAUAGAUCUGUCAAGCUUGAAAUUUUGGUUUUGAAUAGGAACUCUUUUGCACAAACGGUAGAGAACUUAUUUGCUUUAUCUUUUUUAGUCAAAGAUGGGCGGGCUGAAAUUAAAGUAGACAAGGCUGGACGUCAUCUAGUUUCACCAAGGAAUGCUCCUGCCGCAAAAUUAGUUAUUUCUAAGGAUGUUGCUUUGAGCCACUUUGUGUUCAGACUUGACUAUAUUGAUUGGAAGUUGAUGGUUCGCUCUGUUGUUGGGGAGGAGUUGAUGCCUCAUAGGACUAUUCAACCACAAACUUAGAGUGGAUCAGUACCUGCAGUGCACUAGUUUGAAGACUGAAAUUUAUGGUGCUAUUAUAAUGUACAAAUUUAUGAUGUACAGAGUAUAUAGACAUUCUGCACGAGUUUAUGGUUUACAAAUUUUGCUUUGUCCAUCAUAUGUCUAGAUUACAAACUCAUUUCAACAGUGAUGAUGGUGCUUUCAUUUUGAUUUCGUCUGUGCUUUUGGCAUGAAUCAAUAGCAGGGUGGUUCUGAUUUUCAAU